AUGAUAUCCAAUAGUUUGGUUCGGACACUGCGUCAGGCAGUGUUCCUUGUUUUAGGAUCUCUGGUUCUGGUGGCGUGUGGAGGCGGUUCCGAUAACGCUUCACCCGGAUCCGUUGUGGUGGAAGUGCCAGUGGAAUGUGACGAUUGCGGUGGUGGUGAUGAUGGGGGUGGUGGUGAUGGGGGUGGCACCGGUGGCGGUGGUCAAACCAAUCCCAGUACCAUUCCUGCAGCGCUGAAUUCGGUGAUCACCGACAGUGGCACAACCGCUUCAACAUCUUUUAACAAUCUACCGAUCUUUACCAUCGACGUGACCGCGUUAACAGGUGGUGCCUUGGAUCCUACAGGGCUGAUACUGGGUAACGACGCCAUUUAUCAGAUCUCUGGCGGCGCUUUGCGAGUUACGGCGCCAAGUACCGGUGCAGCUUGCGCAUUCAAUCUCGAGCCCGGCGCCAUUGUUGUUGGCGCCAGUGCCACGGACUUUCUGGUGAUCAGCCAAGGCUGUCAGAUCGUUGCUGAUGGUACUUCGGAUCAGCCGAUUAUCUUUACCGCCCUCGAAGAGGUCACCGGUAACGUUGAAACCUCAGACCGCGGCCUUUGGGGUGGCGUGGUGAUCAACGGUUUUGCGCCCAUUAAUGACUGUCCCGCUGGUGAAACCGGCGGCACGGCAGGUUGUACCAAGGAAGGUGAAGCCAACUCCGGUCUCUUCGGCGGUGAUGAUCCCAAUGACAAUUCGGGUAUUCUGCGUUACGUCAGCGUGCGUUAUGCAGGUUCGAACGUUGAUCCUCAGAAUCAGCUGAACGGCAUUGCCUUUCAGGCCGUUGGUGACGCCACGGUUGUUGAAUACGUUCAGGUGCAUAACAACCUGGACGACGGCAUUGAGUUUUUCGGUGGUACGGUAAACGCCAAAUAUAUUGUCCUGACGGGCAACGACGACGACAGCCUGGAUUGGACAGACGGUUGGGUGGGUAAUCUUCAGUACCUGUAUAUCGAACAGACCGAUGGUGGAGAUAACGCCAUCGAAGCAGAUAACCGCAGUGAUGAAGAAGACGCGCUGCCACGUUCGAGUCCGACCAUCGCAAACAUGACGGUCAUCGGAAAAUCUGACGAGCGUGCUCUGCGCUUCCGCGCGGGUACGGCGGUGACCUUGUAUAACAGCUUUGUUGACGGCUCUGAACGCUGUAUCCGUGUUGACGGUACCUCGCGUGAUUUCCUGGGCGCAGCAAGUGACCCGGCAAUCACAAUUGGUGGUGUCAGUUUCGCGUGUGCGCAAACGCACGAUGGAGAUACGGAUGGUGCGGUUGCCGCUUACUUGAGCAGCGCCACCAACGUGUCGCAGACAGGUGAGCAGGUUGAUCCCAUCAACAUCGCGGACACUUUCUUCGAAAACACAGAUUAUCUGGGCGCUUUCGGGUCUGAGAACUGGGCGGAUGGUUGGACUUUGGAAGGUUCGGUCAGUCAAACCACUCAGCCUGACUUUGGUUGUCCUGACGGCACCACGACAUCGUCUCGCACCAUUGAUGGCCAGCGUAUCUGCCAGCUGAGCGGCGACAUAACCAGCAGUUUGUUGUUGACCUCAAACAACCUCUAUGAGCUGGUGGGCAAGGUCACCAUUGGCGGCGACAAUGUCGACUCGGCUGACCUCAGCAUCCAGGCUGGUACUACCAUCUUUGGCGGCACCGAUGUGGACUUCCUGGUCAUUUCACGGGGUUCCCGCAUUCUUGCAAACGGUACGCGUACUGCGCCAGUUACCUUCACCAGUCAGUCUGACGUCGAAGGCACCGUGCUUGCGACGGAUAGAGGCCUUUGGGGCGGGGUGGUGAUCAACGGUAACGCGCCGAUCAAUGAAUGUCCCGCUGGCAUCGACGGCGGCAGCGCUGCUUGUACAAAAGAAGGCGAAGCCAACUCCGGACUGUUUGGCGGCGAUGUUGCUGAUGAUGACAGCGGUCGUCUGAACUAUGUGGUUGUUAAAUACGCAGGGUCUAACGUUGACCCGCAGAAUCAGCUGAACGGUAUUGCUUUCCAGGGUGUGGGCAGCGCAACCGAAGUCGAUUUUGUACAGGUGCAUAACAAUCUGGAUGAUGGCAUUGAGUUUUUCGGCGGCACGGUGAGCGCGCGUCACGUAAUUUUGACGGGCAACGCGGACGACUCACUUGAUUGGACCGAUGGCUGGGUAGGUAAAAUUCAAUACCUGAUCAUCAACCAGACCGAUGCCGGUGACAGUGGUAUCGAGGCGGAUAACCGUUCCGAUGACCCAGGCGUAACACCUGUCUCGCUGCCAAAAAUUGCAAAUAUGUCGAUCAAUGGUAUCGCCGCGUCUCGAGCCGUUCGCAUACGUGCAGGUUCCGGUCUGGAGCUCUACAACAGCACCGUGCAGGGUAAUGAUCUCUGCUUUGUGGUUGAAAGUGCUGAGUCCCUGGCGCUGUUAGGUACGGGCAUCCAGUUAGGGGGUGUCAGCCUUGACUGUGUUGAUCCAUUAGAUGCGGCCGUACAGGCCGAAAUCGACGCCAGCGAAAACGUCAGCACCGAUGGGACCCUGGUCAGUGCAGUGGAUCUGUCAGCGGAUGACUUCUUCGAUAACACCACAUUUGUUGGCGCCAUCGAGAACGUUGACGAAGACUGGACCACCGGCUGGGCUUUCGGCAUGCCGGAUGCAAGCGGUGUGUUUGGUUGUCCCGUGGGCACCACUGAAAUCGCGGCCAUUGAUGGCACCACAACAACGUGUAGCCUGGCUGGCACCUAUACCACAGACCUUGUAUUACCGCGUAACAACAUCUACGUUCUAGACGGUGCGGUGACCAUUGGUGGAGACAAUACGGAUUCUGCAAUCUUAGAUAUCCAGUCGGGUACAGAGAUUGUCGGUGAUGAUCCGGUAGACUUCCUGGUGAUUUCUCGCGGUUCUCAGAUUCUGGCUCGGGGUACACAGAAUGCGCCUGUCACGUUUACAGCAGCUGAUGACAUCCUUGGUAACAUUGCGAACCCAACUACAACUCAGGGUUUGUGGGGCGGUCUUGUGAUCAACGGUAAUGCGCCUAUAAACGAUUGCCCAGCUGGAAUCGAUGGCGGCACCGCAGGAUGUACGAAGGAAGGUGAAGCCAAUUCCGGUACCUUCGGUGGCGAUGAUCCGUUAGAUAACAGCGGUGUGCUCAACUAUGUGGUCGUGAAGUUUGCGGGUUCAAACGUAGAUCCACAGAACCAGUUGAACGGUAUUGCAUUCCAGGGCGUAGGCUCCGGCACCGAAGUGGAUUACAUUCAGGUGUUCAACAACCUGGAUGAUGGCAUCGAAUUCUUCGGCGGUACGGUCAAUGCCUCACAUGUGGUAUUGAUUGGUAACGCGGAUGACAGUCUGGAUUGGACCGAUGGUUGGGUAGGCUCUCUGCAGUAUCUGCACAUUGAGCAGACCGCGGGCGGUGACAACAGCAUUGAAGCGGACAACCGCGAAGAUGAUGAAUUGGCGACACCCAUCUCCGAGCCAACUAUCGCAAACAUGACAAUCAUCGGUGAUGACACACAGCGAGCAAUUCGAUUGCGCCUGGGCACGGGGUUGCAGCUUUAUAACUCGCAAGUCACUGGUAGCGACCGCUGCUUCGAAGUGUCAGGCACAUCCCUGAACUAUCUGGGGUCUCGCAUCACUUUGAACGGGGUUAGUCUUGGCUGUCCCACAAUUGUUGAUGGUGGUGAUGCCAGCGUUCAGGCAUUCCUGGAUGGUUCAGCCAAUGUCACUCAGGACGGCACCGCGCCAACCCCUGUGACCCUGCCGGCAGGUCUGGAUCCAGCAGGUGACAGCAUAGUCGGUUCAGACAUCAGUGAGUGGGGUCAAGGUUGGACCGUAGGUGUGCCAGCAUUGAGCGGUGUAAUUGCGUUGGCUAACUCCGCAGCUGCGGAAGAAUCCAUAGGUAUUGCGCCACCUGGGGUCAUGGAAGAAGUGAUUGUGCUGGGUAAAUUCAUCCCGGAUGAAAAGCGUACAACUUCUGAGAUAUCCAAUGUACUGGAUGAGGAAGCACUUGGCUUGCUGGCAGACAACAGCGUUGGUGAGGCUCUGAGCAGAGUUACGGGUCUGUCGCUGGUUGGUGGCAAGUAUGUUUAUGUGCGGGGUCUCGGUGAACGAUACUCAUCUACGCUGUUAGAUGGCUCACGCAUUUCGUCGCCGGUUCCGUUUCAGAAGACGGUGCCUUUGGACAUCGUCCCGAAAAGUAUUGUGCGAAAUCUGUUAGUACAAAAAACCUAUUCAGCUCAAUACCCGGGCGACUUCAGCGGCGGUGUUGUAGAUAUUCGCACUCGCACAACGCCGGAAGAAAACUUUCUCGAUUUGUCGUUCUCUAUCGGUGGGAAUUCUGAAACCACAGGCGGCGACGGCUUGAAAUACUCGGGUGGGUCAAGCGACAACUGGGGUAUGGAUGAUGGCACCCGUCACAUACCGGAAAACAUAGCCUUGUUGUCGAGCGACAAUUUUGAAGACAUCGGUUUUCCGGAAGAUCGUGCUCUUGGGGCCAGCUUUUUCAAUAACUGGGAUAUUCGAGAAUUUGAAAUCAAGCCCGAUUUUUCAGGCGAUGCAGAAAUGGGUUAUCGAUACGAUCUGGCCAAUGGCAUGUCGAUUGGUUUGUUAGCCGCAGGCAAAUACGACAAUCAGUAUCGGCAAACGGAUGUUGAAUUUGCCCGCUAUAACUUUACCGGCGCUGCGGUAAAUCAAUUACUCGAUUACGAGCGGGAAACCACUCGGCAAACAGUCACGAUGAGUGGCUUUCUGAAUGUCGGUUUCGAGCUUAACAAUGACAAUGCCAUUAGUGUCACACACGUACUGUUGCGUCAGACUGAUGAUGAGGUUCAGCAAGAGCGUGGUGUUUCGAGUGAGUUCGGAUUCUCCUUUACGCCCGUAGAGAAUAUUCUUCUGCAAUGGACCGAAAAUGAAAUUCGUUCCACCUCUAUAAAAGGCGAGCACUAUUUCAACAUCGGCGAAGCGGUUAAUGGCGCUUUGUUGAACUGGCGGUAUGUAGAUGGCUCCGGGUUGCGUGAAUCGCCGGAUACGCGCAGCUAUACCUACUUCGAAGAAAACGGUCUGCAGAAUGUAUCCGAUUCAUUUACCCAGCUGGAUGCCAAAAACAUCUUUAUCGCGCCAGAGCGUCAGUAUCAGAAGCUGAAAGAUGACAUUGAGGAGUAUGGCUUUGAUCUGGAAUUACCCUUUCUUUUCGGUAAUGUGGAUUUUGUUGUCAGAACCGGUUACUCAGAUUAUGAAAGAUCACGCAUCUCCGAGGAUCGACUGUUUCGUUUCGAUCUGACCAAUACUGCACCUGAUUUUGUUCGUCUGCAGACACCUAACCAGCUGUUCGGUUUGGAUAACUGGGGCUCAGGCUAUCUCGACGUCGAUGAUUUUUCCGGUCGAGCUGCUGAUUCGAGCGGCAUUUUCCCGUUUGCUGAAUCCAGUGAAGAAACGACCGGUUAUUACCUCGCAUUUGACGCUCAGGUAACGGAUCGAAUUCGCCUUCAAGCGGGCGUGCGCAAGGAAGACACAACGCUUGAAGCCGAUGCAUCUGGCGGCAACACACUGCCCGGUACGUUGAAUCAGGUCUCGAACGAUUAUGAUGAUACUCUCCCGUCGGGGUCGGUCACGUUUGAGUUUGUCAACGAUAUGCAGCUGCGGCUUGCCUAUUCUGAGACUGUCAAUCGCCCCAGUCUGCUGGAAAUUACCGGUUCAACCUUCCGCAAUCCUGAAGAUGGACAACUGUAUCGCGGUAACGUGUUCCUCGAGCCUGCGCAGUUGAACAAUUACGAUCUGCGUUGGGAGUGGUAUUUUGGUGAAGCAGACAGUGUUUCCGUUGGUGUCUUCAUGAAAGAGUUUGAUGAGCCCAUUGAGCUGGGUCGGAUCGAAGCUGAAAACGAGAUUUACACCUGGUACAACGCGGAAGAAGCGGAUCUUGAAGGGGUUGAACUUGAGUUUCGCAAAGAUCUCUUUUUUGAUCGUUGGUUCGAUUGGGGGCCGGAUUGGGAUCUGUUCACCUUGACAGCGAAUGUCUCGUUCAUUGACUCGGAAGUGACUCUGUUCGGGCCUGGUGAAACUGCGGCUGAUGUGCCACUUACGGGUGGCCGUGGGCUGGACUCGGUAUUCGAAAACAAGCGUCAGUUAACUGGACAGUCCGAUCUGCUGGGUAACCUGAUGAUCAGCUACUCGAAUUACGAAACCGGUAUAGAAGGGUCCCUGGCAUACAAUUAUACCGGUGAGCGUAUCGCGCUGGUUGGCGCUGUGAAUGCGCCGGAUGUGAUAGAAGAGGCGUUUGGCAAACUCGACUUUCUGCUGAAGUACAAUUUUGUCAUGUGGCAAACCGACUUAGAGCUUGAAUUUAAGCUCCAGAAUCUGCUGGAUGCAGACGUUGAGUGGACUCAGGGCGGCCGGGUUUAUGAAAAAUAUCGACCGGGCGUAAACUACAGCCUCGGCAUUAAAAUGAGCCUGUGA